UAGUUUUUUUUAUUAAUUGGAUUUUUUUAUUUAUUGGAUUAAGCUAUGCUAGUCAAAAUUCCAUUUCAAAAUCCAAAAUAAUAGAUAUUGCCCAAGAUGCACUUUCCACGUUAUGUCUAAAUAAUAUGAUUGAUCGUAAUAUGGGACUCAUCCGAAAAACUUUAGCUACUUCUGAGCCAGUUAAAUUACCUGACAUUAAUCAAACUGUGACUGUUUACUCCUAUUACUUUACCAAUGGUAGUAUGACUAAAAUCUCAGAAAUAUUUCGUGCUGACAAUAAUUCAGCCUUCUAUUCUGAUGACACAUUAACUAUUGAUUUAAAUUUUGGCUGGAAUAAUGUUCAAAUGGAUUAUGAUAUUUACUGGAGAAUAUUGUUUGUUCCUUGCACAGGUGUUUUCAUGACCCAAUUUCAUGAUUUAAAAAUUCACUUAUCUAUGGAUGUAAAUUUUAAAAACUAUGUAAUAGCACUAAAAACCUUUGAGUUCUAUGAAUUAAGUAGCAUCAGUACAAGUAUAAAUUGCAGUACCAUUUGUAUACCUAGUAGUAAACUAGUCAUUGCUUAUACUGAAACAAUGAAAGAUGACAUACUUGCAAUCAUGCAAGUAGAAGUUACUCGAGAAAUAGAAAAAGUUGUGGAAAACGUUAACAUUUUGUUAGGAAAUGAACCUAGUAAAAAAUUCAGAUUUGUUUAA